AAAAAAUCUAAAAAGUAUGUUUAAGAAACAUGGAAAAUAUUCAACUAUCUUCAAUUUCGAUUUAUGUAUUUAAUUUUUAAAAUAGACAUCUUGUGAAAGAAAAAUUUAAAAAAUGGUUGUAUGUACAAUUUCUCAUUUAAUAGAACUGAAAUUGUGCCUUUGUUUAGGUAAUCAAGUUCACAAAUUGUUGGAAAAAAAACAGGUCAUAAACUCGGGUUGGGCCUUUUCAUAUUCAUCCUUCAGAUGUGAAGUAGCUUCCUAAGCUUGUUAUGCAUCUACAAAGGCGAAACAACAUCCCCUGAAGCCUAAAUCACUGAACCAACCUUCAUAUACACCAGGUGCCUUCAAAAGAAUCUUGUAUAGCUCGAUCAGUGGCUCCGCACAUUCCACCAAAAACUCUCACAUUUUAAAAGAGAAAAGUAAAUAUUAGGAAGGCGAGAGAGUGUGCCGCAUUGGUAAUUAAUUCUUCAUAGAACUUAAGCCGGACACUUAAAUUAGUUUUCCAAAAUCUUCACGAUUGCCUGAGGCUCAAUCUUCUAAUCCUGAAAAUUUUAAGUAUCACAAACAUUCAUACAAGUCAUCAUAUAAAGAGCUCACUGAAUCAUUUAUGCACAUAACGAGACUUCUACAAGAAUUCGGGAGCAUUUUGCCUUUAGUAACCCGUGUGUUUUCCGAGAAGUAAUGCUCUGCUCUUGUAGUUAAAACCAAUUUCAGCUCAUGAUGCAUGCCCAAGUAAGAUAGUAUUACAUAAAUUUAUAAACCUGAUUUAUUUUAUUCCGCCUACUUACACCCUAAAUCGUUGAGCGUCAUGGAAGAUGAUUAUUAGAUUUUAUAUUGUAUUUUGGCUUGGAUCAAAAGAUUUUAAAAUAAAAGGCCAAUAGUUUUGUAUCAUUGUCAAAAGAAGGUUUAAUAGGUCUAUUGCAGGAGCUGCAUGAAAGAAAAAGAAACUGCCGACAACGUACAAAAACAAAUGAAUCAAAUUCAUUCUUAUCAAACAUGUAUAUUCAUUGACAGCUUGAUAUCAAAUUAUAUAUUAUCAUCCAAAGUUGACAUUAUAAUCCUAAAUAAAUAUUGUAGUAUUGAACCGUAGAAUUUCGGGAUAAUUCACAAACAUUCCAAGUAACAUAUAUGUUUCGAUAUUUAGCAAAAAAAAAAAACAUAUAUCUUUCGCCGACAUAUAUAUAUGCUUAAAAACAUGAGAGCCACUUAUACUUAAAAAUACAUUCUUGAUGAUUAAGAUUAAUUUAUUUCUAAUGAUCUUCUUUAUGCCUCGCACGUAAGUUGUUAGUUUUGUUCGAAUUAUUAUAUUACCUAUGUAUUUAUAUUGACUCUAUAGCCUCCACAAACCAAACACAAGAAACAAUCAACUUCAAAACAAAGAAAAUGCUAUCCACAUACGGCAAAGUAGACGAGCGUGAGCAUGCCAUGCUCGAAGCUCGACGCAAGUCGAGGAAGAGAAUCGCAAUCAUCGCAGUAUCACUAGUCGUGCUCGCCGGAAUUGUGCUCGGAGCCGUCUUCGGAACCAUGGCUAACAAGAAGUCAACGACCGCGGAGACCAACGUUAACGGAGACUCAAUCUCGGUCUCCGUUAAAGCCGUUUGCGACGUUACAUUACACAAAGAAAAGUGUCUCGAAACGGUCGGAGCGGCUCCAAACGCAAGCAGUCUCAAUCCAGAACAGCUCUUCAUAUACGCGGUCAAAAUCACAAUCGCAGAAGUUUCAAAAGCUCGUAACGCGUUCUCUUCGUCGGGCGACAACACAACCAUGAGUGCAUGCGUUGAGCUUCUUGACCUAACGGUAGAUAACCUCAACAACACGUUAACAUCGUCAGAACACGGUGACGUCACGUUACCUGAGCUAGUCGAAGACCUACGUACAUGGCUGAGCUCAGCGGAGACGUACCAAGACACUUGUGUUGAGACUUUGUCUGAGUUUAACGAUCAAGAAUCAAAGACGUUCGGUGAAAGUCAGCUCAAGAACGCAACGGAGAUGACUAGUAACGCCUUAGCGAUCAUCACAUGGCUAGGUAAGAUCGCUGACUCCUUCAAACUCCGGAGGCGUAAGAUCGCUGACUCCUUCAAACUACGGAGACGUCUGCUUAGUGCUGACGUGGCGGUGGACUUCAACGUGGGAAGGAGGCUGUUGCAGAGCACGGAUUUGAGGAAAGUGGCGGAUAUUGUGGUGGCGAAGGAUGGAUCAGGGAAGUAUAGAACGAUACGUAGGGCUUUAAAGGAUGUGCCUGAGAAGAGUAAGAAGAGGACGGUUAUAUAUGUGAAGAAAGGAGUUUAUUUUGAGAAUGUGAAAGUGGAGAAGAGCAUGUGGAAUGUUGUUGUGGUUGGAGAUGGAGAGAGCAAGAGUAUUGUCUCUGGUAGACUUAAUGUAGUUGAUGGAACUCCCACUUUCCAGAGCGCCACAUUCGCUGUGUUCGGGAAAGGGUUUAUGGCAAGAGACAUGGCCUUCAUCAACACAGCCGGUCCAUCCAAACACCAAGCCGUAGCUCUAAUGGUUAGCGCAGACCUCACCGCCUUUUACCGUUGCACAAUGAACGCAUACCAAGACACGCUUUACGUACACGCACAACGCCAAUACUACCGUGACUGCACCAUAAUAGGAACAGUCGAUUUCAUCUUCGGUAACGCAGCUUCCGUUCUUCAAAACUGCAAGAUCCUCCCUCGCCGACCAAUGAAGGGACAAAAAAACACAAUCACAGCUCAAGGACGUAAAGAUCCGAACCAGAACACAGGAAUCUCGAUUCACCGUUGCACCAUAUCUCCUCUAGGUGACCUAACUGGUGUUCAGACGUUUUUGGGUCGGCCGUGGAAGAACUUCUCCACGACGGUGAUAAUGGAUUCGUCUCUACAUAGGUUUAUUGAUCCUAAAGGGUGGUUGCCGUGGGUUGGAGACUCGGCUCCGGAUACUAUAUUCUACGGUGAGUAUAAGAACUUUGGCGCUGGUGCGUCGACGAAGAAUAGAGUUAAGUGGAAGGGGUUGAGGUUUUUAAGUAAGAAGGAAGCGACUAGGUUUACUGUUAAACCGUUCAUUGAUGGAGGAAGAUGGCUUCCGACAACUAAAGUACCUUUCAGGUCCGGUCUCUGAGUUCGUUUUCCGACAAAGAGAUUCACUUUCAAAUCUCUUUAUUUAUUUUUGGAUGUGUACGUAUUUACAUAAUUUACUAUAAUGCAAGUGUUUAUCGUUAUUUUAUUGUAUCAUUUGUUUGAUUAAAUUCAAAUUCAUUCGUUAACAUUUUGUUACGUGCAUAUCAAGUUAUCCAAAGGCAAGACAUGUUCAUGAUUUAAGAAUGUAGCUUUUUAUCUACCAAAUUCUCCUUAACCUAAAAAUCUAGCACUCCUCAAAAAAUAAUAACUGCAUACAAAUUUAAAUACAAACACCAAAUGUUAAAAUAUAUAAUUUGUGGACAAAAUAAUAUUUUCAUUAAAAGAUAUUUGUUUAUCAAAAAUAAUUAUUCAAGCGCGGAAAAAAAUUCAAUUAGUUUGAUUAAAUUCAAAUUACACUGUUAGCAUUUUGUUACGUGCAUAUCAAGCUAUCCAAAGGCAAGACAUGCUCAUGAUUAAAGAAAGUAAGAUUUUAUUGACCAAACUAUUUUAUCCCUUUAUACACAUAGGUACGCAUACGUAAUAUAAGUAUCUUUAACCACAAGAGACAGUGUUUCAAAAAAAAAAAAAAA